CAGUAAACAGUUCUUAUUAUCAGUAACAUGUUUAUAUCUGAAUGAUAUUACUCUUGGAAGAACAAGUAUCAUGACGGUUAUGGAGAAAUUUGUGCGUUGAUGUUCUGCUGGGUGUCACGUGACUCGUGUUCUUUUCAUGUGGCAUUGGAUGGUACCUUUUGUGGGACAAAUAAGGUCUGUUCAAAUGGUUUCUGUAUUGGAAACAGCGAUUCAAGCAAGACCAGCGCCAUGUCAGCACCAGCUGAGUUCUGUCCCUUUGGAGAUCAAUUACCUCCCUUGGAACCUGAAGGUGCCGUGUGUUCACAAGUAGUUCGCGAUGAACCAUACAAAUGUUAUGAGAGAGAAUUAUAUGCAUCCUGUUGCGCAUCAUGUAAUGCCAUUCAUACUAUUUUACCCGGUUGUGAAUAUGGUGACAAGAAGUCGAGCUGCGCUUCAGUAGGUCGUUUUGAAUGUCUGAUAGAUUCUUCAACAUGUUGCGCAACGUGUGCUGUAUACGCGGCAGACCUUAAAGAUUGGAAGUUCCCUGUUGUCGUAGGAGUUGUGGUUAUUGGUACGUGUCUCAUUGGCAUCAUGAUCUACUAUAUGGUUAGAAGGCUUCUUCAUAAGAAAUCGAGAACAUCUGGAUGCAUGGUCAGUUACACGAAUGAGCUACCAGAACACCAAAGAACACAGGUGUUUGCAGUUUAAUCGUCAGGAGCAGUUCUCUCACAUAUAUGACAAGCCAACCAUAGACAUAACAAGAAGCACCGCAUUUAAAUCUCAAGUGUAUGAGCGACAGCAGCAGCAAUAAAUCGAAUACUUUCCGCUUAUUCCAUGUCAACAUCAUCAGCCAAGUACUUCAUCUUCAUAAAGUUAUUAUAUUGUACUCUUCCAAAUAAGCAUCGAUAUGUUCACAUUUUCAUUCAUGUUACAUGUACAUUUAGAAAAUAACAUAACAUUUUCAAUUGUCAAAUAUUUCUUCUGUUGUUAUCUAUAUUCAAGUAAAUGUUUAACUUUCACGAUAAACAGUCUUAAGAUAAUUGUCUGAUAUUUAGCUGCGACAUUGUCAUUUACUAAAUUGUAAAAGGUGUUAAGAAAUACCAAAGAAGGACUAUUUUGUCUGAGCCACAAAUUAUAUGACGUUAAAGAAUAUUACUGAAUCUUAACUCAUAAUACAAGCUAUGAACCAGUCAUUUAUAUAUUUGGAAUUUUUGAAAAAAGAAAUUUUAGAAUGAAUGUCAGUUUUGAUACGUUGCACUUAAUGCUUUCCGCUCAUUCCAAACGAAAGAAACCUUCUAGUGAUCGAUGUAUUGGUUAAGCAUUUAAGUUUAGGUUAAUUUAAAAAGUUAUGGAUUAUGUGCAAAAGUAAGAAUGCGAAAUCUGCAGUAUGUUCAAGGAUUUUAUUGACUUGUCGGUCACUCGCAGGUUACACACAACUAUUCUUCCGCAGACCUUAAACAAAAGUGUCCGGUAACUCUUUAUUUUUCUAAGGCCCGCUUAACUUGAAUUUAUACUUGUUUAAAGGCCGACUGAAACAUAUGCAAGUAAGAAAAGAGGGAAUAAUUAUGUAUGUAUUUUAUUUCAUUGAUAAUCAACUUGUUAUGUAUGUAAAAUAUGAAGAACAUCUGUGACUGAGCUUAGAAAAACUAAUUUAAAACAAUGGUUUUUGACAUAAAUACACUACUCGAACUUUGCUUAAUCAGUGGAAAAAAAAUCAACUUAUCGUGAUUUCGACAGAUUUGUGAUUAUCGCCUAUGCUUUAUCUGAUUGUGUUUGUGUUCAUGGUUAUAAUUUCAUUUGCAUUUCUUAUAUGUACAUGUACAUAUAGAGAGUUAUUGUUGGUUUGGUGUUAUUUCAAUUUUAUUCUAUCGAUUUUGUUAUAAAACCAGAACAGAUGAAGCAGAUAUUUAAUAAAUAGAGCGAAAUUCAAAACUCAUAAUUUUAUAUCCACUAAUAAACCUUAAUAAAUAUAACAUCAUUGGACAUGAGACGUGUGUUUUCGGCUUCUGUAAAUUUUCCACCAUCGGUAAAUAUAGCUGGUGUUGCUGUUUUCCCUUUUUAAAUAUUUUUUGCCUAAAAAUGUCAGUUUAAAAACUGUAUAUUAAAUUUUGCUUUAAGUUCACUUCAAUUUGUACAUGUAUUUCGAUGA